AAAAGGAUAUGUUUAAAAUGGCGUCGGGAAGCACUGGAUUUCGUGCUAAAGUUUUCGACCCUCUCCUCAUCAUGGCUCAAAUUAUAGCGCUUCAGGUCUUCUUCUACAUGUCCCUAGGUCUAUGGAUAAUCUUUGCUGACGUGAUAGCGAAGAUAACCCCGUCAUUUAGCCAAAUAUUCAGUUAUAAAGAGUUUAAAUUUCCUAAUAGAGGCUGGUUUGUCAUGGGAGCCACAACACUUAACCCAUUCACAUGUGCUUUAUUCUUAUGGUGGCUUGUAGGAAGAGCAAAGCAAUGUCUUGAUUUCUCAGCGACUGUCUACUUUAUUCAUUUCAUUUUCUGCUGCUGUUUUGGUGGUUUCCCCCUCUCCCUCGCCUGGUGGCUGACAAACAUAGUCUCUCUCACCAUAAUGACUGUUAUCAGCGAAUGGUUGUCCUGGAGAUCAGACAUGAGAGCUAUUACUAUAACCGGUGGAACGGCAGGUGGUAAUAAUAAUAAUAAUAGUAGGACUUCAAUAUUACCGACCUAAUAAUCUUUAUUAUUAUUAAUAUCAUUAAAUGUUAUUCUUCAUUUGUUUUAUUGGAUGUAUUAUAAUCACCCAUUGUUUUUAUGUUUUUCAUAA